AACAACCGCAGCAUCAGUUAUACCCGAAACUCAACGCUCUUCAUCAAGCCUGACCUGACCUCCAACUGGAAGGGCGAGGACUUCCUGAGCAGCGGCACCCUCGACCUGUGGGGCAUGAACGGCCGCGGGGACGUCUGCACCGGCAACUCGUACUACGGCUGCUCCCGAGUUGGCUCCAGCAGCAACAUCAUCAACCCCGUCACGAGCGCUCGUCUCAGAACCAUGUCGAACUUCGUUUUCAGGUACGGUCGUAUCGAAAUCCGGGCCAAGAUGCCUCGCGGAGACUGGCUGUGGCCAGCCAUUUGGAUGUUGCCUCGUAACUGGCCCUACGGAGGUUGGCCAGCCAGCGGCGAGAUUGACAUUCUGGAGUCCAGGGGCAACGACGACUUCGGCACUCUCGGCAACCAGUACGGAGGAACGACGCUGCACUGGGGACCUUUCUGGCCUUACAACUUCUUCGAGAAGACCCAUGCCGAGUACUCAGCAAAUACAAGUUCCUUCGCCGAUGAUUUCCACGUCUGGAGACUCGACUGGACCAAGGACAACAUGGAGUUCUACGUGGACGACGUCCUGCAGCUGACGGUCGACCCUGGAACCAGCUUCUGGGACUUCGCCGGAAUGGGCCCCUCCUUCGACAACCCUUGGGCGGCUGGAGCCAAGAUGGCGCCCUUCGACCAGAAGUUCUACCUGAUCCUGAACGUGGCCGUGGGCGGCACGAACGGCUUCUUCCCCGACGGCAUCGCAUCCAAGCCCUGGUCCAACCUCUCGCCCACCGCCUUCCUCGACUUCUGGAACGCGAGGGACGAGUGGCUCCCCUCGUGGAAGGCGGGUGAAGACCGCAUCAGCGAGGGCGCAGCCAUGCAGGUCGACUACGUCCGCGUCUGGAAGAUGGAGAGCGCUGAGCAGUAGAGGAUAACCUUAACACGAUAACAUCUACAGAACAUAAGUGAAAAGGAAACAGCUACAAAAAGAAAUAAAAUUGAAUCAUAUUCCUCAUCAGACGAAUAAGUAACCGAAAUUGAUCAAGUAAUCACGAUUCAUUUUCUUAUUUUGGCCGUUUCCUUUUCACCUUUGUGUAAAUGUUACUGUGUUUGUGUUCAUAGAUGUUAACUUUAGUAUCAGCAUUAUAAUUACUGAUAUUAAUACUAUUUGUUUUCAUUUUUUA